UGCUAACCGAGGGGGGCUGCGCAGGAGGGGCGCGUCGCGCUUGUGCCACUGACCCUGGGCUGGCCUCCAAGUCGGACUUCUGCAGAGGGCCCGCCUCGCAGGAGGGCGCGCGGGGUGGCGAAAUGCCGUGAGCCGCCCCUCCGAGGGGGGCGGGACAGGCCAGCGCAGCAAUAUGAGCAGCUGCUCAGGGGCAGCCGCCCUCCGGCUCUGCGAAGACAGAUGGGGCGAGCGCCAGAGUCAGCUCCAGCUGUCAGCGCGGCGCCCUCCUCCUCCUCCUCCUCCGUCCCCCCGCGCGCCCCCGUCUAUCAGCGCCUGGCCUCGGCGAGGGAACCCAUGGCGUCCAGCGAGGAGGACGGCGCAGGCAGCGGCUCGGUGGAAGAGAAGGAGGCCGGCAAGAAAGCGCCUCGGUGGCGCCGCGCGGUGACUACGGCCUGGCUCAUCUUCUACAACAUCGCCAUGAGCGCGGGGUGGCUGGUGCUGGCCAUUGCCAUGGCACGUUUUUACUUGGAGAACGGAACACACAAAGGCUUAUACAAAAGCAUUCAAAAGAUACUUAAAUUUUUCCAGACUUUUGCUUUGCUUGAGAUAGUCCACUGUGCAGUUGGGUUAGUGCACACCUCUGUGCUUGUGACUGGGGUCCAAGUGAGUUCCAGAAUCUUCAUGGUGUGGUUCAUUACACAUAGUAUAAAGCAGAUCCAGAAUGAGGAGAGCGUUAUUCUUUUUCUGGUCGUAUGGACUGUGACAGAGAUCACUCGAUAUUCCUUCUACACAUUCAAUAUGCUCAACCACUUGCCGUACUUCAUAAAAUGGGCCAGGUACAAUUUUUUCAUCAUUUUAUAUCCUGUGGGAGUUGUCGGUGAGCUUCUAACAAUUUAUGCUGCCUUACCUUAUGUGAAGAGAUCAGGCAUGUUUUCAGUGAGGCUUCCCAACAAGUAUAACAUCUCUUUUGACUAUUACUACUUCCUUCUUGUCGUCAUGGCCUCCUAUGUACCAUUGUUUCCACAAUUGUACUUCCACAUGCUACGUCAGAGAAGAAAAGUGCUUCAUGGUGAAGUGAUUGUAGAAAAGGAUGAUUAAAACAACCCUGUAACCCUAGUGGGUUUUUUUCAGAGUAACAAACCAAAACUAUAUUGUGUUGCACGAGUCCAAGUUUGAAAUCAUGGAACAAGACUAACUAGUGCACAAAAGAAGUCUAGAUCAUGCUAUUUCAUUACAGGAAUAUUUUCAGACUUCAGUUUUCAACUUCGUCCCUCCCCCCAUUUGCUUUCAGGCAAGUUAUGUGGUUCCCAGUAUAAGAAAUUGCAAAAUAUUAUGGUUCCAUGGGCUGCUUAAGAAGCCUUCGAUUAUAUUAUUGGGAGGACAUUGACUAUACUGGGAAAGUCAGUGAAAAGUAUCAUAAGUUUAGGUAUGCCCCAGCAUGGAACUAGAGAAGUCCAUGCAUGCAACCAAAGAGGUCCAUGCAUAUAUUUGUAUUUGAAAAACAGAGCCUUAUCACCAUCUUCCAGAUGUAGUCCCUUG